AAUUUCUAGCUAGGACAUCAUCCCACGAUCGAACAGCCCUCCCGAGACUCAGCAUCUUUGCGCCUCGACAAUCAACACCAUCAAAAUGUCUACUGCUGAGCUGGCUACCUCCUACGCGGCGCUCAUCCUCGCCGAUGACGGCGUUGAGAUCACUGCCGACAAGAUCCAGACCAUCAUCAAGGCUGCCAAGAUCGAGGAUGUCGAGCCUAUCUGGGCUUCCCUCUUCGCCAAGGCUCUUGAGGGCAAGGAUGUGAAGGACCUCCUUUCCAACGUCGGCUCCGGUGGUGCCGCCGCUGCCCCCGCUGCCGCUGGCGCCGCUGCCGCUGGUGGUGCCGCUGAGGAGGCCAAGGCUGAGGAGAAGGUUGAGGAGAAGGAGGAGUCCGACGAGGAUAUGGGCUUCGGUCUCUUCGACUAAGCGAAGAAAGGGGGCUUUCUUCUGGUUUGGUCAUGACCUCUCGUUUCCAAUUUGUUCUUCCAAAGCUUGCAUGGGUCUGCGACGGUUUCUCGCACAUACGACUUCGGUUAUGGGAGGCUUAUGAUAUCAGGGGUUCGGUUCAUCGGCGUAGCUUUACACGGACAAUGAAGAUGCGCUUUUGAGCAAAAGAAGUAAAAACACUUGGAAGCUUGCUCUCCACUUGUUGAAGCGACGGAUUUCCACCGUAGCAGACAUCCGACUCUACGACCGACAGCGCGCCCGGAUCUUGAUGAUCGAUUGAUACCCGGACCUGAGGUUCCUGCUCAAUGUUUUGGAAGAUGAGCUGGUACAAACUCAAGAAAAGGCAGAUAAGACAAAUUAUCUGUUACUGAUUCCAACUUGCGCUAGUGUUUACG